GCUCCGCCCAGCAAAAUGGACGCAGAUUACGAGCCUCUCGCCCCGAACCUGGAGAACAUCAUCGACCAGGAAACGCUCAAGUGGAUCUUCGUCGGUGGAAAGGGUGGUGUUGGCAAAACAACCUGCAGUUGCAGCUUGGCCAUUCAGCUGGCGAAGGUACGCCCCUCGGUCCUGAUCAUAUCGACCGAUCCGGCACACAACAUAUCGGAUGCGUUCGAUCAGAAGUUUACGAAGGUGCCGAGCAAGGUGAAUGGGUUCGACAAUCUGUUUGCCAUGGAGAUCGAUCCGAACGUGGGCCUGAACGAGCUUCCAGAUGAGUACUUCGAGGGGGAGAAUUCGGCGAUGAAGCUGAGCAAGGGUGUUUUCCAGGAGAUCAUCGGAGCCCUGCCGGGGAUUGAUGAGGCGAUGAGCUACGCCGAGGUGAUGAAAUUAGUAAAAGCGAUGAAUUUUUCGGUGGUGGUGUUCGACACGGCUCCAACGGGACACACGCUGCGAUUGCUGUCCUUCCCACAAGUGGUGGAGAAAGGAUUGGGCAAGCUGCUGAGGUUGAAGAUGAAAUUAGCUCCGUUCAUUUCGCAAAUGGGAUCGCUCUUUGGAAUGCAGGAUUUUAAUGCUGAUACUUUGACGAGCAAGCUAGAGGAAAUGUUGACCAUUAUUCGCCAGGUUAACGAACAGUUUAGAAAUCCGGAUCAAACAACAUUCGUCUGUGUGUGUAUAGCAGAGUUUCUGUCGUUGUACGAAACGGAACGGUUGGUCCAGGAACUGACCAAGUGCGGCAUUGACACGCACAACAUUAUCGUGAAUCAGUUGCUGUUCCGCCGAGAGGGUCAGGCUCCUUGUGCGAUGUGUUCCGCUCGCUACAAGGUGCAGGAGAAGUAUCUGGACCAGAUUGCCGAUUUAUACGAGGACUUCCACGUGGUGAAACUGCCCCUGCUGGACAAGGAGGUGCGUGGUGCGGAGAAUGUGAAAAAGUUUUCCGAAAAUCUAAUCAAGCCGUACUGUCCGAAUGAAGUGCAACAGGAUACAUAGUUGGUAUAGUGGCGG